AUGGACAAGACUGCCGUGGUAAAAGUCGGUGCUGCGGCCAGUGCCAGUGUAUGUGCCCUAUUCGGUGGUGUGGUUCUCGCCCAGUACAUGUUCGCCAAGAAGAAGAGAGCGGGAAAGAAAACGAAGAUCAUCGAGAUGGUGAGUGGACUCGCGCGUGCUGUUCAUGCGUGCAUUGCGCAGUCCCGGAUGUUCGUAGAAAUAGCAAGGGUGGUUUAGAGGUCAUUAUUUGCUACAUAGCUAUCGUGGUGUCACGAAAAGCUGUCCAAAAUCGUGACAUGACAGUAAACUGACGCUGUUUGUCAGCUAGUCCUAUUGUCCUAAUAUUUUUGUUGAGAGGAUGUUGGUACAAUGGUUUGUUUCAGAGUUAUGCAAACAAUGCAGAGUCCACUCUGCUCUACCCUCGAGUACCCUGUCCAAAAUGACAACAACUAAACAAGUUUUGAAGCCAAAUUACAGUCUGUCUAUCAAACAAGUUCAGUCACUUGUUAAAUCCACUUCAAUCAGUGUAGAUUAAGGGGAGGAGAUGGGUUAAAGAAGGAUCUUUAAGCCUUGAGACAUGGAUUGUGUAUGUGUGCCAUUCAGAGGGUGAAUGGGCAAGACAAUAUUUAAGUGCAUUUGAACGAGGUAUGGUAGUAGGUGCCAGGCGUACCGGUUUGUGUCAAAAACUGCAAUGCUGCUGGGUUGUCCAUGCUCAACAAUUUCCUGUGUAUAUCAAGAAUGGUCCACGACCCAAAGGACAUCCAGCCAACUUGACACAACUGUGGGAAGCAUUGGAGUCAACAUGGGCCAGCAUCUGUGUGGAACACUUUUCACACCUUGUAGAGUCCAUGCCCUGACAAAUUGAGGCUGUUUUGAGGGCAAAAGGGGGUGCAACUCAAUAUUAGAAAGUUGUACUCAGUGUAUGUCUAUUCUCUAUAUUCUAAUCCUGAAGAUACCUUUUGGUAUUCUGUUUCACAGAACCUAGAUAGUAGGCCAAUGGGUGGGCAUGAAAUUUAGCGUGUUGACCCAUUCAGUCACACCAAACUAAUUCCAGGAAUGACCUGUUGGCUGCUCUAUUCCCUACUGUCUGACUGGGGUUCUAUUUAGGCAACCUUUGCUCUCUGCUUUUCAUUACAUUGUCCCCAGCAUGGGAAGGACAUAUGCUUUUGAUGAUGGCUCAACUGUUGCAAACACACACAUCCACUCCAAAGUAUCCAGUUGAAGCAAGCAUGCGCAUGUAGCCUGAUGUCCCAGCCCACAGUGGUGUCCUGUUGGGGUCAAUGAUAUGCAUCUACUCUACAACAUGGUUGGAGUUUUGGAUGGAAAUGGUCUCAUGUAUUGAACCUCAUUGGCCACUAGAUGGCAGGCAAGAACAACAUUUGGAACGCUUCAUGCUUGCUCUCAAGCAAAUAAACACUCACUCCACUUUCUCCAUGGGGAAAUUGGCAAUAGACAGUCUUGCUCAGCGCUUUACUUCACAUUGGACAUAUUUUUCAGUUUGAUCUAUGUAGAUAUUUUAGAAAAAUAUUGUUACACCAUGUACUAGUAUUAUGGUGUGUGAAGUUUCCCAAAAACGUUCGUUCAUGAUCUUACUACUACAAAGCUUUCAAUAUUACUUUAAAAGUAUUACUUUGACUCCAGCAUAGAACCAGUGUCUUUACAUUAUGGUUAGGCCUAUAUAGUGUGUAGGAGCCGGUUUGGCCUGUUUAUGUGUUGUGUAUAUGUUUUCUGUCAAGGGUCAGUUUUACUUGUUUUGUACACUAGAGGGCACUAUAUGUUAGUCACAGGUCACGUGUGUGUGUAUAUAGGUAGCACAGGUUACCAGGAAGGGUUAGCACAGGUGAGAGGAGAGCGCAUACAGUUCUUACUGUAUCACAGAUACAGCUUAUAGCAUGCAUCUCUCUGCACCUUUUGUAUAGGAAUAUGUGUAUUGGAGCUAUUUAUAUUUUAUAUGCGCAAUAAAUGGGAACUUCACCCAAAAAGAGUAACGUUUGGAAAGCAGAUUUUUGUGGAUGUGUUAUGGACAGCUCUCUCCUGUGCCAGUGGCUUUUCAUAGGGAAUCACCACCACACAGUGGUUAAGUCACUCAACAAAGUCUAGACCUAAAUAGUCCAAGGAAGGGUGAACAACACAAUACAGAGUACAGGCGUAUAUUGCUGGAUAAGUGGCCUUGUUAGGCUGAGGUCACAGAAAUGUUCUCUCUGGUUUCUCCUGUGUCAUGGCAGGCUUAACCAGGGGCAACAGAGUUACAACCUUCCUCCUUUGCAGAGAGGGAGUUUAUCUAAGACAGAGCGGCCUGUGCCUGUGCUGUGGUGAUACUGUUAGCUGAAGAGCUCUUACAGCAGACACUGUCCACUUUACUGUCUAAUUACUUAUUCAUAUUUAUGAGGCAUGGAGUGGAGUAUAGGGCCAAGGGGAUCUGUCUGUCUCUGUUUCUCUUAUAACUUUCUUUCAAUGGGGAAGACUUCUAAUAGGACAAUUUCUACUCCUGCACAGAGCCAAUAAGAGAAAAUACUGUUUUGGGUUUUUCAUUGGGCACUAGAAGUUUUAAGAGAAACUCAUUCUAAUGAGAGUGUUAUUAAGCUAUCAUGAAAUGUUCUGUGGUAAUGUGGAUGAUACUUUGCCAAACUAAAUAGGGCCCAACCACAGCCCUACUUUUAUCACAGAGCAGCACAUGCAGCUUAUCAGAAUGCUGUUCCUGGCAACCAGGAACCACUUCAAAUGAUUGGAUGUGCUGCAAAGUUACAAUUUUGGCUCAAAGUCAAAACUCAUGAACUAAAACAUUGUCAGCAGCAUGCCCUUGCAGCCCUUAUUAAAGUAUUUAUUUAUCUUCUGCCCUUGUUCCCCAUAGUAGGUCUUGUAUUUACAUUUGCUGGAGAAAUGUUCUGUAGAUCAUCUUACAUUGACUGAUUCACCCCAGAGAACCACUCUUCCCUAUAUCUGUGUAGGCAUAAUGCUGUCACAAAGGCUCAGGUAAAUGGACAUGCAUAGCCCUAUUGUUAUCUCUAGCCAAAUGCCUCAAAGCACCUCUUCCACUCUGUUGUUGCACAAUGGCUGAUAGUAGUCUGAAUGCAGACUACUACGAAUUAACUCCAACCCGCAUACUCUGCUCUAGCACUAUGUCCUCUAUAACCUUUGACUUUAGUGAACAAGGCUGGGGGUGAGGACGAGACGCGCUCCGCUGUAGAAAGGAAUGUUGAGCCAGCACUUUCACGAAUGUUGAAAAAGUACCAAAACUGACAAUGGGUUUUAAAUGGUGUUUCCCCUAGUUAGAUUUUUUUUCGGGUGAGGCAGAAUCGCCAAUGGAUUCCCUUUCAGCACCUGAUGUGUGACAGCUUUCCCAAUGAUUGUAGAAAAUGUAAGCCUAUUUAUGGGGGGAAAAAAACAUUUUAGAUUAGGUGGAACCUGUUUUUGUAUAUCCUUGUCGUUUUAUGUCUUAUACAGAAGACUGCAUAAGUGUAUCUGUUUUAGCCUACUGCCCCUAGGCUUGGGUGGAGAGAGAUUGGAUUUCUCAUCUACAAAUGAUACCAGUGUCAGAAACCCAAUGGUAGAGAAAAUGCAGACCUGAAUAUGAUUGGCCAGCCCUUGCGUUGUCUAGUUAUUUGAUCAAUGUUGAUUGGAUAGGUGUGUGUAUGUAGUCUUAUUUUGGUGAAGUUUGAUUGGGACUCUGUGCCCUAGUUAGGCCUAUUGAAAGGUGGUAUGAGACCCUGCAGCUGAGGUAGGGUUUCUCUUGUCCUAGCAUGCUAUGUGCUAGGCCUAAGUAAUGACUGACUGUGACAGAGCUCUUAGAUAUUGCCACAUUCACAUGCUAGUCAGAACUAGGAAACUCUGAAACUUCCGACUUGCUAACUGGUUAUACAGGCAUAUAACCUACAGAAAAAAAACUCAGAUGGCUUCUCAUUGGUGGAGAGCAAAGUGGCUGAACCAUGACCCUUUGACCCUGGGCAUUCCAUAGCCACACACACACCGUGUUGGGCAGGGGAGGGGUCUUGAAAUGUGUGUGCUCAGCGUUGGUGGAGAAAUGCACCUCAGUGUUUCGUCCCUGGCCUGGCAAUAAUCCAGAGAAGUAGGAGGGCUGUUUCUGUUGCAUCAUGUGAUUGAAAUGGAUUCCAGUUACAGUACCUCUUUUAAAAGCUGAGGGGCCAGGGUCAGAGGUCAAAGGUAAACUACUGCCAUGGGGCUAUUCCCUGUCAUCUCUCAUCUACUGGCCGUGUGUGUGUGUGUGUUAUGACAUGUUAAUUUAAUCUUUGUGUGUCCUGUGUGUUUAUGGCAUGUUAAUUUAAUCUUUGUGUGUCCUGUGUGUUUAUGGCAUGUUAAUUUAAUCUUUGUGUGUCCUGUGUGUUUACGGCAUGUUAAUUUAAUCUUUCUGUCCUGUGUGUUUAUGGCAUAUACAUUUAAUCUUUGUGUGUUUAUGACAUGUAAGUUGAAGCUGUGUUUGUGUCAGUGCGUCACUGGCCUCUUAUAACGGGGAGGGAUUAUCUGAUCAAAUCUAUUUUGGGUGACGCCCCCUCAGUUGCGUUGCCUAUAUAAUCCCUCUGCUGACAGAGAACCUUUUCUUCACUCGCUUCACUUUUUUGCGCAAGACCAGUGGAAAAGGUAAGCGUGUGUGUGUGUUGUUGGUCAGAGCCCUGCUGUUAGCACCAGCUACAAAUCGCUCUGGAGGGUCACGUUCAUGUGUCGGAGAAAGGAUGUACUGAAUGCAUGGAAGAAGAUGGGAAUUCAUGGAAUAUUAUGUAGUCUAUACUGUAAAAUAUAAUCAGAGGAGGGUGUGUUAAUAAUUGAUAGUUGUAAAUAGGUAUGACUGGUAUACGGAGCUAUUAGUGUGUGGAUUCUGCUAAGUUUGUAACUCAUUCUUGAAUAUUAGAUCUAAAGGUGUAGUCUCAGUGUUUUUAAGACCGAAGAAUGUUGUCAAUGUAGCCUUUGUAUCUGGAACGGUGUUUAUUAGAAGACAUUGUGACACAUGACAUUGCGUAAACAACUCAAAUGUACCAAAGGAGAGGUUGUUCUGUUCCAUGGAUCAGGGAUCUAAAUCUGUUUUGGAAGACUUAAAGGAGUCCGGAGCCCCAGUCUAUUACAUAAAGUGUAGUGAGAGGGUUGUAAGAAGGGGUGGGGUGAAGGGGUUCCAAACUUCAACCCACAUCCUGGUCAUAACCUUGGACACUCCCACUGAUACCACAGAACAGUCUUGCUACACUAUUGCAUACCAUUUUGAUGGGUGUGUGUGCACAGUUGUUUGUUCAUGGGGUGUGGGCUAUUUCGAUACUCAAACACACUCUGGUGAAGGAAUCCCCAGGUAUCUAGUUUACACCCCCUAUCCCCAGCUCCAUCCCCCCUUCAGUCAAGGUUGGGCUUUAUUAGCAACCUUAAAAAUACACUCAAGGGGAGAAAGGGGUGUGCACACACACCAGCUGGAGGUAGUAUUCAUGGUUCGUUGCAUUCCUGCCCUGACAUGUCAACAGGCCUUCAACUGAGCUAUAGAUCUGUUUGUCUCUCUCACUUCUCCACCUGAACCUAGUUCAUUGCCUGAUCAUUAGCCUAAUACUGUAGUUAGAUCACCAAGUCACGUAGCUAAGAGUCAAUAGAAAAUAUUGGUGUCUGCAGCCCUGGAAGUUGUUUGUUUCAGGUCUCCUCCCCCCUCCUGGCCUGGGGCUUGUUUGUGUGGUGGUCAGUUAUGUCAGGAAGGAGGAUCCCUAACAUCAGCUGUUCCAUGGGGGGCUGGGGCACAAGGGGAGGGGGGUGUUGUGAUAUCCAGUUUGUCUACUCCUGGCUACCUUGGCCCAAAAAAAUUAUGGUGCUCUUUUAAACUCGGGGGGGGGGCAUGGGCAAGUUGCAGCGGAGGGUGCUUGUGUAUAUUGGUUCCUAACUUCCCUGAAAGGUUGCAUAUCGCGGGGGCCAUUCGAUGCUAAUGCAGUACGCCACAGGAUGUUUUUGUGCUGGUCAAGGGCAGUCAAGUCUGAGGAGAACCAGGGGCUAUAUCUGUUCUUAGUUCUGAAUUUUUUGAAUGGGGCAUGCUUAUUUAAGAUUGAGAGGAAAGCACUUUUUAAAGAACAACCAGGCAUCCUCUACUGACGAAAUGAGAUCGAUAUCCAUCCAGGAUACCUCGGCCAGGUCAAUUAGGAAGGCCUGCUCGCUAAAGUGUUUUAGGGAGCGUUUGACAGUGAUGAGGGGUGGUCGUUUGACCGCGGACCUGUUACGGACGCAGGCAAAAAGGCAGUGAUCGCUGAGAUCCUGGUUGAAGACAGCGGAGGUGUAUUUAGAGGGUAAGUUAGUCAGGAUGAUAUCUAUGAGGGUGCCCAUGUUUACGGAUUUAGGGUUGUACCUGGUAGGUUCCUUGAUAAUUUGUGUGAGAUUGAGGGCAUCUAGUUUGGAUGGCCGGGGUGUUAAGCAUAUCCCAGUUUAGGUCACCAAGCAGGAUAGAUGGGGGGCAAUCAAUUCACAUAUGGUGUCCAGGGCACAGCUGGGGGCUGAGGGGGGUCUGUAGCAAGCAGGCAACAGUGAGACUUAUUUCUGGAAAGGUGGAUUUUUAGAAGUAGGAGCUCAAACUGUUUGGGCACAGAUCUGGAUAGUAUGAUAGAGCUCUGCAGGCUAUCUCUACAGUAGAUUGCAACUCCACGCCCUUUGGCAGUUCUAUCUAGACGGAAAAUGUUGUAGUUGGGGAUGGACAUUUUCUGAAUUUUUGGUGGCCUUCCUAAACCAGGAUUCAGACACUGCUAGAACAUCAGGGUUGGCGGAGUGUGCUAACGCAGUGAAUAACUCAAACUUAGGGAGGAGGCUUCUGAUGUUAACAUGCAAAAAACCAAGGCUUUUACGGUUACAGAAGUCAACAAAUGAUAGCGCCUGGGGAGUAGGAGGGAUACUGGGGGCUGCAGGGCCUGGGUUAACCUCUACAUCACCAGAGGAGGACUAGAAUAAGGAUACGGCUAAAGGCUUUAAGAACUGGUCUUUUAGUGCGUUGGGUACAGAGAAUAAAAGGGGCAGAUUUCUGGGCGUUGUAGAAUAGAUUCGGGGCAUUAUGUACAGACAAGGAUAUGGAAGAAUAUGAGUACAGAGGAGGUAAACCUAAGCAUUGGGUAACAAUGAAAGAGAUGGCAUCACUGGAGGCACCGAUUUGAGCCGGUCUCCGCGUGUAUGGGGGUGGAACAAAGGAGCUAUUUGAGGCAGUUUUAGAGGGACUUGGGGCUCUACAGUGAAAUUGUAUAAUAAGAAGUAACUGGAACAGCAAUAGGCAAGGCAUAUUGACAUGGGAGAGAGGCAUAAAGCAAUCACAGGUGUUAUUCGAGAGAGCUAAGACAACAACUGGUAAUGGCGAUGAAAGUUUGGGCUGAGGCUAAACCGAUAAACAGGACAGGGUACCGUGUAAAGGAACAGUCCAGAAAGCAUCAGCUGUGCAGCUGAGUGAUCAUAAGGUCCAGUAAACAGCAAUAUGUGAGUCCGAGAGCAGUUCGAAUUGGUGCUACAGCACAGGCGAGCAAGAAGCACGGCUGUUGAAUUGCGUGUGCUAGCGGGCCGGGGCUAGCAGAUGGAUCUUCGUGGUCGUCGCAACAGGGAAGCCUGUUGAAACCACAGACCAGUCGUGAUGUAUCGGCGGGGCUCCGUGUCGACACUAGGAGGUCCCGUCCGGUUGACAGAGAGGUAGAUAGCCGGGAGAUGGGCCUGACUCGAGGCUAGCUCAAGGCUGAUUAGCCAACAACAACAUCCAUUCGGUUGCAGCUAGCUAGUUGCGAUGAUCCGGUGUUAAAGGUCCAGUGAUUCAGUGAUUCCGGCAGAAAAUCCGAUAUGUUCUGGGUCGAUAACGCGCUGUGCAGACAGUGCAGACUGGCCGAUAAUAGUCCAGGCUAGAGCUGGCUGGUAGGUAGUGCAGGCCACGGACAAUGGUGAAAAACCGCUAACGGUGGCUAAUAGCAAGUAGCUAGUCAGCUGGCUAUUCCCGUCCGGUAGACCGAGGUAGAUAGCCGGGAUAUGGGCCUGGCUCGAGGCUAGCUCAAGGCUAACUGGUGCUUACUUCGGGGGCAGUGGUGAUUAGCCAACAGCAACAUCCAUUCGGUUGCGGCUAGCUAGUUGCGAUCCGGUGUUAAGGUCCAGUGAUUCAGUUAUUCCGGCAGAAAAUCCGAUGUUCUGGGUGAAAACUGCUAACGGUGGCUAAUAGCAACUAACUAGUUUCAACUGGAGAUUCUAGAUGAUAAAAGGUAAGUAAAAAUAGAAUCCGUUCCACAUUGAGUGAGGCGGGUUGCAGGAAAGUAUAUUUAGUAGAUGGAUGAAAAGUGUGAUAGGGAAAUAUAUACGAAAAAGACAAAAAAAGCAAAAAACUGGCUAUUUACACGGACACACUACAGAGUACACGACCACACUGCUACACCAUCUUGGAACAUCUGGGUCUUCCUUUCCUGAGGCGGUCCUCAUGGGAGCCAGUUUCAUCAUAGCGCUUGAUGGUUUUUGUGACUGAACUUUCAAAGUUCUUGAAAUGUUCUGUAUUGACUGACCUUCAUGUCUUAAAGUAAUGAUGGACUGUCGUUUCUCUUUGCUUAUUUGAGCUGUUCUUGCCAUAAUAUGGACUUGGUAUUUUACCAAAUAGGGCUAUCCUCUGUAUACCCCCCUACCUUGUCACAACACAACUAAUUGGCUCAAACGCAUUAAGAAGGAAAGACAUUUCACAAAUUAACAUUUAACAAGGCACACCUGUUAAUUGAAAUGCAUUCCAAGUGACUACCUCAUGAAGCUGGUUGAGAGAAUGGCAAGAGUGUGCAAAGCUGUCAUCAAGGCAAAGGUUGGCUGGUACUGUAUAUUAGAAGCAUACUUGACGAUCUCUUUCUGUGUCUUUCGCUCUCCAUCUCUCAGAUGCCAGAGUUUGAAAAGAACACGGUCCACAUGAGGGAUCCAGAGCGGGUGGAACAGAUCAUCUGUGGCAUGAUCAAGGGUGGAGCCUCCAAACUACAGGUACAGUAAGAGGGGAAGGGUGUGCAAAAGAAAUGGGCUGUUUUGUAUUGGAUGAACAGUGACACCCUGUGGUGACAGUAGGAUGACCACAGAGUUAUCACUGACUCACCUCUAUGGCUCUCCUGGUUCGUCUUUAGAUCAUCACUGACUUUGACAUGACAUUAAGCCGGUUCGCAGUCAACGGCAAACGCUGCCCCACGUGUCAUAGUAAGUACAACAUAAAACCAGCUCAACAUUCACUGGGAUUCUGAAUAAGUUACCUGCCUAUCAGUCUGACCAAAGUCCUUCUCUCCACAUAGAUAUCAUUGACAACUGCAAGCUUGUCACCGAAGAUUGUAGGACGAAGGUUUGUUUAUGAUGUUACUUUGAUAUUGCUUAAUAGUAUUUGUAGGUGUCACAAAAGCAUAAAUGUACUAGCAUAUGUGUUAAUGCUAAUUGAUUUUCCGUCUGUCUUUUAGUUACUGGAACUUAAGAACACAUAUUACCCCAUAGAGAUCGACCCCCAUCUAACAAUGGAGGAGAAGUAUCCAUUUAUGGUAGAAUGGUGAGUAGAAGCGCGCGCACACACACACACACACACACACACACACACACACACACACACACAAUUGCUCUCACUAAGGCACAGUCUGUGUGUGUGUUGACAGGUAUUUUAAGUCCCACACAUUACUGGUGGAACAGAGGCUACAAAAGGACAAACUCUCCGAGGUGGUGAGAGACUCGGACGCCUGCCUGAGGUAAGACCUGAUAGAAAAAUUUGAAAUAAUUACAGAAAGCAGCCCAUGACACUAGUUGAGCCAGAGUGGCUGUUAUUGCCUCUUCAUGAACACAAGCUCUACGAAAUAGUAUGUGUCUAGCUGUGUAUGUACAGUAUAAUUUGUUAAUAUUUGUCUGUGAAUAGUUUUCAUUCAUAUAAGCUGUAUGUCUGUCCUACAGAGAGGUCUAUUGGUAGUUUUAAUGCUUACAUGUCUGUCCUACAGGGAGGGCUAUGAGCAGUUCUUUGACCGGCUCCAGCAGCACAACGUGCCCGUGUUCAUCUUCUCAGCGGGUCUGGGAGACGUCCUGGAGGAGAUCAUCCACCAGGCAGGGGUCUACCACCCCAACGUCAAGGUGGUCUCCAACUUUAUGGACUUCGACGAGAAUGUAAGUCCCCCCCUGUCCCUCGAGGAGAACUUGGUACAUGCUGAGGAUAGGCCUGAGUUUCUGAGUGUUGAUAAAGCUGAUAAUAAAGCAAUGGUUCUACCUGGGUGUAUGCAUUGCAUUAGCAUCAGUUGGCUCAGUUCCAUUUAAACUCUAGUAUUUUUCUUCUCUCAGGGCGAGCUGAGGGGCUUCAAGGGAGAGCUGAUCCAUGUUUUCAACAAGCACGACGGCGCCCUGCGCAACACGGAGUACUUCAAACAGGUGAAGGACAACUGCAACAUCGUGCUGCUGGGAGACUCGUUAGGCGACCUCAACAUGGCUGACGGUGUGCCCAACGUGGAGAACAUCCUCAAGAUCGGAUUCCUCAACGACAAGGUGCCCGACACCUACACCUAAAUCGCCAGUCAGCAACUCUAUCUGCUCCCAUCACCAGCUAAAUUGCUGGAUAUUAAUAGUCUUAAGAUGUGACUAUAGUGAGUAUGUGCUGUGUCUGCGCCAAUCUGCGUAGUAACUCUUCUCUCUUCCCUGGCAGGUGGAGGAGCGUUUGGCGAAAUAUCUGGACUCUUAUGACAUCGUCCUGGUAAAGGACGAGACUCUAGAAGUGCCCAAUUCCAUCCUUCAGAAGAUUCUAUAACUCCUCCCCCCUCCCCCUCCAUAUCAUACUGACACACUUCCCCAAACCCAUGGAAAAGGAACCGACCCCCAGACGGAUGUUACUGGCCCCCCCCCGCCACCGACUCACAGCCUCUCGACAGACACUAGCUCCAUGGACGCGCCUUUCACCUUUUUAUGAAGACAUUUAUUCUUCUCUGAAUGAACUAUUUUAAUGUACACAGCAUCAGUCUUUGUUUGUGUCUGUAUGUCUGUCUGCAACCUUGUCAACAUCCUCCACCCCAUAACAAAAAAUGAAUAGCAACCAAAAAAAAGACAUGCGAACAAACUCUUUUAUAAUUUGCACAUUAUUGUUAUUCAUAAUAUUUUUGAUAUUGUACUUGUAUCAGUGUACAAAGCUUGCAAAUCAUAAACCGAGCAUCCACACAAGAACACAGCGACGUCUUUGAAACAGUCCUAGCAUGCAUUUCACCACACUACGUCAUCUUGCAUUGUGCAACAGUUUGGUUACAGGAAUCAAUGUAGGUCUGAAAAAAUAACUAACCUGUCUAUGGGUGAACCAUACACUCACAGACAUUGGUAUGAAUAUUAUCAGUCGUUUUAAGGAUGUAGUAAUGGAUUCUGUCUUGCACAAGAAAAGCCAUGUAUACACCUCCAUUAUGAGUUUUUUCACAUGGGGACUUUGCUACGGUAGCCACACUGCAAAGUAGCACUUUAUUUUACAGGAGUACUAACACUGCACAUUUGAUGUGCCAUUUAAAUAGACUGCAUGUUUAUAAUAGAUACCCUAUGGUGCUUAUAUCAAGAAUUUAAACAAAAUUGUCAACGACAGUUGCAAUAAGAGUAGUAAAUAGUGGUGCUAAAUAUUUUUCUAAGUUAGUUGUGGGGUAUUACUGUUAGUGUAAGCUCUUUAUGAAUGAUAUAGUGUAAAAUAAAGUGCUACCAAAGAAGUCAUUACACAGAGGAAAAGUAGCCUACUCAAUAGGCAGUACAUUACAAGAGAACACCGCUGGGUAAAGCA